UUAACUCUUUCGGUGUUCCAAACUCCAAUUAAACACAUAACCCUGCAAAAUCCAUGGGCCAAUAAGCCACAAUUUUCAACCAAUCUCACCCACCUAUAUCUAUAAAUACUCAACCCCCUUCACAAUUUACCAAACACCAACACUUGCUCAAAAUUACACUUCUCAAAAUAACAAGAAAUUAACAACAUGGAGGCAGUUCAAACAUGGGUUUCAAAGAACAAACUUGCCAGCAUUGGGGCACUAUGGGCUUCUGGAAUUGGAGCAACACUUGUAGCUUAUUCGCGAACUAAAUCUCCAAUGAAGCCGAGUCUAAGACUUAUCCAUGCUAGGAUGCAUGCACAGGCGCUAACUCUAGCAGUGCUUUCGGGUGCAGCUGCGUAUCACUAUUAUGAAAAUCGUGAUGUUGAUUUAAAACCAGUGGAAGAUGAUAGUUCUGCUCCAAAUGUCAGCCAUCUGGUUGAAUGGGAGCUCCACAGUCCAUUUUAAGAUUGCAAGAAAUUUCUAUCAAUGAUUAGUUCUAUCAUGUUAUGAUCAUUGUUAUGUUAUUUCGAUCAUUAUGGUUUUUAUGUAUGAUUAGACUCUUGGACUAUCAUAUGUAUGCAUGUUCAGGGGAAAGACUUUUGAAUUUUCUAACUUACUAUAUAUAUAAAAGUUCUAUGUUAGAAUUUAAAGAA